UAUGGGAGGAAAGAGGGAGCUAGGGAGAGAGGGAGAGAGGGAGAGAGGGAGAGAGAUGGCCGGCAAGCAGCUCAAAAUCAUUCUUGUACACGGCCUUGGCCAUGGGGCAUGGAGCUGGUACAAAGUGGCAACUUCUCUGCGCGCCGACGGCCAUUCAGUUCUCACAUUAGAUCUCGCCGCCGCCGGCACUAGCAAAUACAGAAUGGCAGAAGAUGUUCUCACUUUUGCUGACUACUCAAAACCAUUGAUGGAAGCCAUUGCUGAACUCUCAGAAGGACAAAAAGCUGUCUUGAUCGGCCAUAGCUUCGGAGGCCAAACUUUAGCUCUCGCCAUGGAUACUUUUCCUCAUAAAAUAGCCGUUGCUAUUUUCGUCGCAGCGUACAUGCCGGAUACAGUUUCUCCACCUUCCUCUGUUUUUGAUAAACUUGUAGAGUAUUUUCCUGAUGCUGCGGCAUGGAUGGAUGUUGAAUUCAAGGAGGUGAGAGUUUCUGGAAGAGAGCAACCAUUCCACACAAUGCUGUUCGGUCCUCAGUUCUUGAGAGAAAAACUCUAUCAACUUUGUGCUCCUGAGAGUGGGGCGCCAUUAAAUUACAGACGUGCAAGCUUGAAACUACCAAGCAAAGAACCAAAAGAAGAAAUGAGUAAAGUAGCUUUAAGAGUUAUCUUAAUUCAUGGAUCCAGCCAUGGAGCUUGGUGUUGGUAUAAGGUAGUCGCUGAGCUUCGAUCUCGGGGAUAUAAUUCAGUGACAGCUAUUGAUCUCGCUGCUUCUGGAGUUGAUCCGAGAAGAAUUCCUGAAGAUGUUCGGUCCUUUGAGGAUUACAACAGGCCGUUAAUGGAGUUAAUGUCUACAGUUCCAGAUGGAGAGAAAGUCAUUCUGGUGGGUCAUAGCUUCGGGGGCCUCAGUUUGGCUUUCGCCAUGGAUGCCUUUCCUGAAAAGAUCGCUGCUGCUAUCUUCCUCACUGCACUUUUGCCUGAUACUCUUCAUCAUCCUUUUUAUGUUAUCGAUCGGCAACUCCAAGAGCUUUCCAAGCGAAAGAUAGAACCUGAGAUGAAGCCAGUCGUUAUUCCCGGAAGAUCAGAACCUUUAAUCACAGUGUGCUUCCAUUCCAAUGUUCUUGCCACCUACUUUUAUCAAAACUGCUCCUUUGAGGAUUUGACUCUGGCAAGCAUGAUGGUGAGGCCUACGUCAACAUUCAGCGAAGAUCUGAGUAACAGUUCACCAUUUACAAAAGAGGGCUUUGGAUCUGUAGACAAGAUAUAUAUUAUAUGCAAUGAAGAUGCACUAAUCAUUGAGGAUUAUGUGCGUUGGAUGAUUCAGAAUAAUGGUAAUGUAAAAGAGACAAUAGAGAUCAAAGGAGCUGAUCAUAUGCCUAUGCUGUCCAAGCCACGUGAACUCUGCCAACACCUCGCAAGCAUUGUUGACAAAUAUUCCAUUUUAUAAUUUGCUCAAAGUGAUCUAAAUAUUGAAGAUUUUAUGCAAAUCUUUAAUUUUUAAUCGACAGUGAACUCAAAUAAAACUGAUCAUGCGUCUUCAUUAUGAAUAAAUUUAUGUGUGGCUUAAGAGCUUUUUGACGGCUCA